GGUCUAUGGGAGAGACUACGAGAAAAUAUUCCACGUAAUAGGCUCCAUCAGCCACUUCCCGGGAGGGACUGUAUGUAGCACGGCUAUAGCUGGGACAUUUGGAGAAAAAUAAGGGAAUAUUGUCGCGCCCGCCUUUACAGUACCAGCCGUAUUGGUGGAGGAGCGUGGGGAUACAAUACGGGACAUAUUUGCCAUAGAAAGGGAAGAAAAUGGAGUUGGAGGACGGAGUUGUGUACCAGGACGACCCGGGGACAACGGCUAUGAUGUCGGAAAGGGUCUCGGGCCUGGCCAGCUCCAUCUACCGUGAAUUUGAAAGGCUGAUAGGGAAAUACGACGAAGACGUUGUGAAAGAACUUAUGCCGCUUGUAGUCGCGGUGCUGGAGAAUCUGGAUUCUGUUUUCGCAGAAAAUCAGGAGCACGAAGUCGAAAUCGAACUGCUGAAGGAGGACAACGAACAGCUCAUCACCCAGUACGAGCGGGAGAAAGCACUAAGGAAGCAUGCAGAGGAGAAGUUCAUUGAGUUUGAAGACAGUCAGGAGCAAGAGAAGAAGGACCUUCAGAAGAGUGUGGAGAGGAUGGGACUGCACUCUCGCCAGCUGGAGCUCAAGAUCAAGAACUAUGUCGACCAGAUCAGCCGGCUGGAGGAGCGUGAAGCCGAGUUGAAGAAGGAGUUCAAUUCACUCCACCAGCGCCACACAGAGAUGAUCCAUAACUACAUGGAGCACGUGGAACGUAUCAAGCUCCAGCAGCUGGGCGGAGAUGCGUCAGACACGGGAACUCUGGGACGAGUGCGGAAAGAGCGCCCCCUGUCUUUAGGGAUCUUUCCUUCGCCUGGUGGGAAUGCGGCCCUUACCCCCGAGGUGUUCGGCAGAGGCGAGACGCCUGGCACGGAGGGCUGGAGAUUCAACGACCUCACCCACCCACGUUCCAAUGCCAGCCUCAAGCAGCUGGAGUCUGAGGACUCCCAAAAGCGGGAGGGUGAGAGUGCGCAGGAGCCUUGGGGGAAUUCGCUGGCAGACGACUGCAAGGAUGAGCUGUCCGACUUGACCCCGAUGUCCACCACGGCCUCGGAGCUCGGGGACGGUCCAGACAGGAACAGCAAGAACAUGGAGGUGCAAGCUGCCCCAGGGACCAAGUCUGUGUCGGUCGGUUUGGCUGAUGACGAGGACAAAUCGGAUGUGCAGGCCAUCAUCGAGUCCACGCCAGAGCUGGACAUGGACCUCAGUGGUUACAAGGGAGCCAGCACACCGACUAAAGGCAUUGAGAACAUGGCGUUUGACCGUAACACAGAGUCCCUGUUUGAAGAGCUCUCCGUAGCGGGCAGCGGGCUGAUCGGAGACGUGGACGAGGGAGCUGACCUAUUAGUGGAGUACUCUGGUAUGGGAAGGGAAGUGGAAAACCUAAUCCAGGAAAACACACAACUGCUGGAGACAAAAAAUGCCCUGAACGUGGUGAAGAACGACCUGAUUGUGCGCUUGGAUGAGCUGACCUGUGAGAAGGAAGUGGUCCAGGGUGAGCUUGAGGCCGUGCUGGAGGCCAAGAGCAAACUGGAGGAGAAGAACAAGGAGCUGGAGGACGAGCUCAAGAAGAUGCGGGCGGAGACUGAGGAGGCCAAGAAGAAAACCACAGAUGAGGAUGAGGAGUGGGACGUGCAGAGUGACGUGCCGACGGCCCAGAGGAAGCGCUUCACGCGGGUGGAGAUGGCGCGGGUGCUCAUGGAGAGGAACCAGUACAAGGAGAGGCUCAUGGAGCUGCAGGAGGCCGUCAGGUGGACCGAGAUGAUCCGGGCUUCACGGGGUAACCCAGACACCAGUGAGAAGAAAAAAUCCAGCAUCUGGCAGUUCUUCAGCCGGCUCUUCAGCUCGUCGGGCUCCGGUAACAGCACGGCCCUGAGGAAGACUCCGGAGCUGGGCUCCAACGUCAAGUACAACGCCCCGGGCUCUAUGAUGAAGAAGAGCAGCACCUUUUCUCAGUUCCCCACCGAGAAGUCCAAAGCCUUCGACUUCCUCAGUGAAGGACUGGACCCAUGCAGCUCUCCGUCGCGGCGUGAGCUGAAGCGCUCUCAGUACCGUGAGGUCAAGGCCCACGUCCAGAAGGAGGACGGACGUCUGCAGGCCCACGGCUGGAGCCUCCCCAGCAAGUCCAAGGCAACUAAUGGAGGGCAGGUGGAGAAUAAGAACCUUCCCGUUCCCGUGUACCUGAAGCCUCUAGAGCUUAAAGACACGGCCAUGAAGGUGUGGUGUGCAGCUGGAGUAAACCUGUCUGGGGGAAGGCUCCGAGAAGGGGGCCCUCUGGUGCCAGAGAGUGGCACAGCAGAGUCUGAAGGCCUCAGACAGAGGAAAGGCUCCCAGAGCAGCCUGGACCAGCUAGAGCAGCAGGCACAGCUGGAGCAGGACCCCCAGGCGGAGAUGUCCAGCCGUGUGUGGCUCUGCACCAGCACCAACUCGGCCACCAAGGUCCUCAUCAUGGACGCCAGCCAGCCCAACAUGCCGCUGGACAGUUUCUAUGUCUGCAACUCCCACGUGCUCUGCAUCGCCAGCGUGCCAGGUGUGCUGGAGUCGGACUACCUGGCUGGAGAGGAGGUGCCCCAGGACCCCGAGGCAGGUCAGGGCGAGGGCUCUCUGACGGGGUCAGUGGGCUCGGGGGGCAGUGACGGGGCGCUGAGUGGCGUGUCGGCCGUGGGCUGCACCUCAGAGGGGCCACCAGGGGGCGCAUCGUCUCAGUCCGGGGGAUCCCCAGCAGAGCACAGCCCCAGAGUGGCUCUGUCCAGAGAGGCCAGCCCUGACGAGGACGGCGUGCCCACAGCCGAGGAGGCGACCGAGGCCACGGAGGACGAGGAGGAGGGCCACGCCGCCGAGCCCAGCCAGCCUGGCAUCUACACGGAGCACGUGUUCACCGACCCACUGGGUGCCCAGCCCAACGAACCCAACUCAGCCACAGACACGCGAGCCAGGGAGGUGAUGCAGGAGGCUGACGGGGGCUCCCCAGACACCAGCCUGCACGACUCGGCCACCGAUGAGAGCCAGAGGAUGAGCAGCACGCUGCCCACUAUGUGGCUGGGCGCCCAAAACGGAUGUUUGUACGUCCACUCUGCGGUGGCGCGCUGGAGGAAGUGCCUUCAUGCUGUCAAGCUGAAAGACUCCAUUUUAAACAUCGUGCAUGUGAAAGGCCGUGUGCUGGUCGCCCUGUCUGAUGGGACUCUGGCCAUCUUCCACAGAGGACAAGACUGCCAGUGGGACCUGACCAACUACCACCUGCUGGACCUGGGCCGACCACACCACUCUAUUCGCUGCAUGACCGUGGUCCACGACAAGGUGUGGUGCGGCUACCGCAACAAGAUCUACAUCGUCCAGCCCAAGGCCAUGAGGAUAGAGAAAUCCUUCGAUGCCCACCCUCGUAAAGAGAGCCAGGUGCGACAGCUGGCAUGGGUGGGGGACGGCAUCUGGGUGUCCAUCCGACUGGACUCCACGCUGCGCCUCUUCCAUGCCCACACCUUCCAGCACCUCCAGGACGUGGACAUCGAGCCCUACGUCAGCAAGAUGCUCGGGACGGGCAGACUGGGCUUCUCCUUUGUGAGGAUCACAGCACUCAUGGUGUCCUGCAGUCGGCUGUGGGUUGGCACAGGGAACGGCGUCAUCAUCUCCAUCCCCCUCUCCGACGGUGAAGUGAUGGUCCCUGGCUCAGCAGGUGUAGAGCUGGUCCCAGCAGACUCUGAGGCCCCAGCGUCAGAUGGUCAGAAACCGCAGCUGCCCCGGAACAUGCUAGAUGAUGGUGAUGAGGGAGGGGACACAGACGAGCCUCUGGACUCCACCAUGAUGCGAACGGAGGGUGCCUCCAAACCCAGCCAGCCACAUUCUCAAUAUGUUCAGGUUGCCACUGCACGAGUGAAAGCUCCUGACAGCCCCACCCCCACCCCUGCUCCCCAACCUCGGUUCGACACAUUUGUGAUCCUCCCUAUGCCCUUGUGUUGUCCUCCCAGCGGCCUCAGCAGCAGCAGCAGGCUGCUCGUGAGCACGUGUGUCAAACUGGCCAACCUGCUCCGCACCUGCCAGCAGCUACCCCCUGCACCUCACAAAUGUCCAGCUGCCCAACCAGGCAUAGAGACCUGGGCCCAGGCGGAAGGAUUGGAGACAGAGGCUAUGGGCAAGGUGCUUCCCCAGAAAGGCAAAGGAGCACCACCAGAAAAUCAAUAG